CAAGUGUGCUGAUGUUUUUGGAUCACUUGAUUACUCUUUUUUGAGUUUACCUGACUUUUUUUUUCUCUCUCAGGUAAUAGGAAAUGAAUGAUGAUGGAAAAGUCAAUGCUAGCUCUGAGGGGUACUUUAUUUUAGUUGGAUUUUCUAACUGGCCUCAUCUAGAAGUAGUUCUCUUCGUGGUUGUCUUGAUCUUCUACUUGAUGACACUGAUAGGAAAUCUGUUCAUCAUCAUCCUGUCAUACCUGGACUCCCAUCUCCAUACUCCCAUGUACUUUUUCCUUUUAAACCUCUCAUUUCUGGAUCUCUGCUACACCACCAGCUCUAUCCCUCAGUUGCUGGUUAAUCUCUGGGGCCCGGAAAAAACCAUCUCUUAUGCUGGUUGCAUGAUUCAACUUUACUUUGUUCUUGCACUGGGAACCACAGAGUGUGUCCUACUGGUGGUGAUGUCCUAUGACCGUUACGCAGCUGUGUGUAGACCUUUGCAUUACACUGUCCUCAUGCAUCCUCGUUUCUGCCACCUGCUGGCUGUGGCUUCUUGGGUAAGCGGUUUUACCAACUCAGCACUUCAUUCCUCCUUCACCUUCUGGAUACCCCUGUGUGGACACCACCAAGUAGAUCACUUUUUCUGUGAAGUUCCAGCACUUCUGCGAUUAUCGUGUGUUGAUACCCAUGUCAAUGAGCUGACCCUCAUGAUCACAAGCUCCGUUUUUGUUCUCAUACCUCUCAUCCUCAUUCUCACUUCUUAUGGUGCCAUCGUCCAGGCUGUACUGAGGAUGCAAUCAACCACUGGGCUUCAGAGAGUGUUUGGAACAUGUGGAGCCCACCUUAUGGUUGUAUCUCUCUUUUUCAUUCCGGCCAUGUGCAUAUAUCUCCAGCCACCAUCAGAAAAUUCUCAAGAUCAAGGCAAGUUCAUUGCUCUCUUUUAUACUGUUGUCACACCUAGUCUUAACCCUCUAAUCUACACCCUCAGAAACAAAGAUGUAAGAGGGGCAGUGAAGAGACUAAUGGGGUGGGAGUGAGCCUGUGUACAUGUCAUAUUCACAAUAUAAUGGAGUCUCCCCUCACAAUGAUUCAUCC